AUGGGGGCGAGCCAGAGCGUCGCGAUCAAUCGUGAGUGCGAUGACCCCUCCGUGCCGAUGUGGGUUUUGAAGUUGUCCGACUUCCUGCAAUUGAUUGACUGGCCAAGCCAUGAAGAGCUCUUGAGGACCAGGAAGUUGGUGAGACGCCAAACAGGUUUCAUUUGCAUCUUCGUCUCUCACCAGUGGCUAGGAGAUAGACAUCCAGAUCCGAAAAACCAACAACUACCUGUGCUACAGAAGGCCUUCCGGAGCAUCCUCAAUGGGAUCCCGGUGGCCACGGAUGUGGCGUCCCAGUUUUUUGGCGACCGGAAGGUCCUAACCAAGGCAGACCGAGCACGGAUCCAGGAGGCUUAUAUUUGGCUCGACUGGUUUUGCGUCCCUCAGAUCUUAGAGGAAGUGGAGGAGCUCAGCAUGGAUGACUCGAUGACCUGGACCAAGGAACAGCGCGAGGACUUCUCUGGGAAGCUGUCCCUCCCGCUCUCGCCGGCCUUCACCGCCACCUUCAGCCGAGCCUCUUCGUCUGGGAUGACCACGCAGGAUAUCUACAUCAGCUCCAUCCCUCUCUUUGUGGAGGCCUGUGAGAUUUUCGUGGUCCUGGUCCCAGCCGCCUAUCACACCACGACGCAGCAACGCGCCAACUUCAGCAGUUGGCUUUCGCGUGGCUGGUGCCGCUGUGAGAUGUGGUGCAACGUGUUGUCCGACACGGAUAUCCCAGUUGUUGUGAUCAAAGGAGCCUUGGAAGAUGUGGAGUCCACUGGAUCCAUGGGGGAUCCAUCGUGGGAGGGUUGGAAGCACCAGCCACCUGCGUAUACGCCGCGUUAG